AUGAGCGAACAAGUUGCUGUAAGCAAGAUCAACGCGGAUGCCGCGGCAGGUGGCGUUCUGUUCAAACUCAUCAUCUUCAGCGUGUCACUAGGGGUGAUUCCCAUAAGCUCCUACUUUCUCUCUUUGAAGUACUUAUGGAAUGAAAAUGCUACCUUUGCUGCGAUUACCGCGGUAGUUUCUGCCAACGUUGUCCUCGUGGCAUACAUAAUCUCUGCCAUACGUGAAGACAGACAAACAGCGGCGCCUAAAGAGCAAAAAGAAACGCCCGAAACUAAGAAAAACAAGUGA